GAUGUGUGGUACCGUCUCCUCCUCUGGACUCAACCCGCUCACAGACACUUUCUCUCCGCCUGUCGGGUUCCAAUCAGGCCGGGAACCGUCCGACUGGAUCCUGCUGCCGUCCGGAGGCCUGGAUCUCCACCGAGCACCGACCCGCGGAUGGUUUUGCAUACGGGUGUGGGACCUGGAAACCCGGGCCCGCACAGGGAGGAGGCCCCGACCUCCCCUUGUUCUGACCCAGAAACAGCACCGACGGCCGGGCUGCCCGUCUGCUAACAGGCCGGGAAGCGUCCGACCGCACCGGGGCUGGAAGGCUCGCCCCCGAGGAGACCGGAUACCGGGCUUCAUCCACUCGGACCUGGUUCGAAUCUAUCGAUUCAACAUUUACGAGACUUUUCUCUAAAUCAAAUUAAACUGUGGAGCUCGGGGACCCGGAGGUGAGCUCGCUGCAGGCGGACACUUCACUCCUCUCUCCCCGGUGACCAGACUGCAGGCGCCCGGGCGGACGGUGCCUUCUCUCCGGGUCCGACGGGCCGAAGGAGCGAGGAUCAUGGCCGCGUUGAUCAAGGAGAUCGUGAGCAGGAAAAAGAGGCGAUACCAGGAGGACGGUUUCGACCUGGACCUGACCUACAUUUAUCCCAACAUCAUCGCCAUGGGUUUCCCUGCGGAGCGACUGGAGGGAGUCUAUAGAAACAACAUCGACGAUGUCGUCCGGUUUUUAGAUUCAAAGCACAAGAAUCACUAUAAGAUCUACAACCUGUGUGCAGAGCGACAUUAUGAUGCGUCAAAGUUUAACUGUCAAGUCGCUCAGUAUCCCUUCGAGGACCACAACCCGCCCCAGCUGGAGCUCAUCAAGCCGUUCUGCGAGGACCUGGACCAGUGGCUUAGCGAGGACGAGCUGCAUGUCGCCGCCAUCCACUGCAAGGCGGGAAAAGGCCGCACCGGUGUCAUGAUCUGUGCAUACCUGCUGCAUCGGGGGAAGUUUCAGGAGCCGCAGGAGGCGCUGGACUUUUACGGCGAGGUCCGCACACACGACAAGAAGGGUGUGACCAUCCCGAGUCAGCGGCGUUACGUCAUCUACUACAGCUUCCUGUUGAGGAACCAGCUUCAGUAUAAACCUGUGGCUCUGCUCUUCCACAAGAUGCUGUUCGAAACGAUCCCAAUGUUCACAGCUGGAGCCUGCAACCCUCAGUUUGUCGUUUACCAGCUGAAGGUGAAGAUUCACACCUCAAACCCCGCCCACACGAGGCGAGAAGACAAAGUGAUGCUGUUUGAGUUCCCGCAGCCACUUCCUGUCUGCGGAGACAUAAAGGUGGACUUCUUCCACAAGCAGAACAAGAUGAUGAAGAAGGAAAAGAUGUUUCACUUCUGGGUCAACACCUUCUUCAUCCCGGGGCCGGAGGAGAACACGGACAAGCUGGAGAACGGCAGCACCGGGACACUGCGGGAACAAGCCGAGCGAACGCACCACAACCUGGUGAUGACGAUGGCGAGCGUGACAACGGGAGGAGAAACCACUGACCGGGAAUAUCUGAUCCUCACGCUGAUCAAGAACGACCUGGACAAGGCCAACAAAGACAAGGCCAACAGGAACUUCUCCCCUAACUUCAAGGUGAAGCUGUUUUUUACCAAGACGGUGGAGGAAGGAGCUAACUGUGACACUAGCAGCACGUCGACCUCUGUGACCCCGGACGUCAGCGACAACGAACCCGAUCACUACCGCUACUCCGACACAACGGACUCUGACCCGGAGACCGAGCCGUUCGAAGAGGACCACCACAAUCAGAUCACAAAUGUCUGACACACACUCAUACACACACACACAUAUAUAGACAGUAUGUAUAUAUAUAUAUACGUAUAUAUAUAUGUACACACAUGAACUCAUGAGUAAGACUAGCGCAGUGUUAGCUUACGGUGAGUAUAUAACUGACUCACCAGAACUGAUCGGUGGGACUCGGAUCGAAUGAUAAACCACGCCCCCCUCCCCCAACCUCCAAUCUUCUGCUCGGUGCACACCUGGACAAUCACAUGACACGGUGGUCGGGUGAGGACGGCGGUGUGUAAACGACAAUACGACGGAUGAAUGGACAGAGUUAAAGGUGUAAAACGUAACUACAAACAAGACGAGUCCAUUUCUUUAGUGACGACACCAAGAUGAG